GGGCACACGGCUCCGCUCCCCUCCCAUCCCCAUUCCUCGCUCACUUUGGUGCCACCGUCGUCUGCGGAUCAAACGAUUGCCCGGGCACGCCGCCUCGUCCACACCAUCGUGCUUCGUUCUGACUUCCGGCCUCCUCGCCUCCCCCCUCCUCCCAAUUUUAAGACCAUCGCAAAGCAAAAUUUAGACCACCCAAACCCAGGUGCAAAUCCCACCCUCCCUCCCUGGCUCCCUCCCUCACCACCGGCGCCACCUCCUCACCUGCGAGGAUGCUGCUCGUCAGCCAGGCCGCGAACGGCUCCCUCUCCGCGCGGCGGCUGCCGUCGAAGCCGCCGGGGCCCUCCACCACCAACCCCUACCCGCUCUUCGCCAACCCUCGCCUCGUGCGCCGCCGCCUCGCGCUCUCCGGCACUGGCGCCGACCAAGCCCCGCGCCGCCCCGCGUCGACCCCGGCCGCCGCAGGCGAGGGUCCCUCCGGCUCCUCCCCCGCGGCAGCCGCCACCGAGGACCCGGUCCUCGUCCGCGUCGCCGACGACGGCGUGCCGCUCGAGGGCGUCAUCCAGAUUGAGAAGCCUGGGGACGCGGGCGUCGAGUCCAAGCUCGUCUCCUACGCGAAGCUGGGUCUUCUCGCCGGCGGGGACGUGUUCUGCUUGCUGCUGUUCUCUGCGAUUGGGAGGUUCAGCCACGGCCUGCCCGUCCUCGACGCGGAGACGUUCAAGACGGCCGAUCCCUUCAUUGCUGGGUGGCUGCUGAGCGCCUACCUCCUUGGUGGAUUUGGUGAUGAUGCCAAAGGGCGCAAUGGCGUUGGAAAUGCUGUUAUCGCUGCAGCUAAAUCAUGGGCUGUUGGGAUACCGUUGGGACUUGCUAUCCGAGCAGUGACGUCUGGUCAUAUUCCACCAACUCCUUUUAUCUUGGUAACUAUGGGAAGCACAGGGGUCUUGUUAACUGCAUGGCGUGCCUUGGUAUCCCAACUUCUUUCCAACCAGCAAAAGCAGCAGGAUGAUGUCUACCGGCGUGGAAGUCCUUUUGAGCUUUUUGAGUUACUCACAUCACUGGUGCGGAGGUGGUGACGUCUGAAGUCAGAAGCUAUAAAAGGGCAUUGUUCCUAUCUGGUAUCCGCAUCACCAGGUUCAGCCACCUGUGUGUAAGUACAAUUUUGAAGGUGAAGAAGAGCAUACUAAAACCGUUUGGAGCAUUUGCCGAACCAAAAAAUGUUUGGCAAUAACAUGCCCGCGAUGCUGGCUUAGUAUCUUAUUCGUAAGAUGUACUCAUAUUCCUGAUCCACCACUUGUAAAAUUGUAUCUGUAGCUUAACUCAUCCAAAUCAAUAAAACCGUUUCCUCUUGUCCA